GCUAGAUCGCACGCGCGUCCACGAUCCAAGCCGACAGAGUUAAACGCCAGAUCCACACGACUUCAGUGUGUGUUCGCAACCUGUACGUUACUGUCACUACAUAUGCUCGAGCGCAACAUAUUUCGCGAAGUAUUCGUGGUGUUCGAAAAAAAUUUAAAGUUUUCGAAAAUAUUUUUAGUUGGCGAUAAAAUUUAUUUUUUUUUCGGGAAUAAUAUUAAUAAACUGGUGGAAAAAAUUUUGUUAUAAGUCAAAUGAAAGUGUCAGUUGCUGUCAAAGACUGUAUUCAUAGACAUAGAAAAAUAUAUUGUGUUUAAUAUUUUUUAAUGCGUGGCAGAAGUUCAUUCAAUUUGCUUAUUGUAGUGUUUUCUUUUUCAUAAACCAUCUUCUUGGACUGGUGUGACUUCGUGUGACAUAUCGCAUCCAUUUUUACUUAUGUCAUCUGUUUCUUGGAUGCUGUAAUUUAAUUGCCUGAUCAUCAUCCUCACCAUCGCCGACCCCGUGGCGUGCGCCGCGCCUACCCUUUAUGACCAUGUGCAUCCUCCCGGAUCCUCCCCAGCCACCGGAGCGGGGUCUUCCACCGGGGUAGCGUGGUGGUCCAUGAUGAACGGCAGCCUUUACGAAGAGAGCCCCCCUCCAGCCCCCCAGAGCGCUGCUACGCCGAUUAGCAAUAGUGGAAUGACAAGUCCGAGCACGGUGCCGCCUCCUGCAGCUACCACAUCGGCGACGUCGAGCUCUUCACCCGCCAGUGUGACUAGUAAUAGUGGUUCUGCAGGACCUCUUCAGGUUCCGGCCAAAAGAUUAACAUCUGGAGUGUAUGGAGACUGCGGAGACGGUGUCAUUAGGCACGGUCACCAACCAUGGACGACAUCGUAUUCACCUACAGACCACCAGACUGCAUUUGAGCCCACAGUAGCAUUGAAUCACCAUCAAUAUAAUUCUCCGACGUACUAUAAUCUCGCUGAUGGUUCAGGUAACAGAGAUCGAAAAGGACCUUUAUUUUGGCCUCCAGCGGUUACAGCAGCUACUGGAACUCCCGAAUAUAAGCCCUACAGUAGUGUAUCUGGAGGUCACGGUGCUGAUCCUGCUGUUUCAUCAUGUCAUCAAGGUUUUUCUGGAAGUUCUUGGUGCAAUUACCCUCCGUACUCCGCAUCCAGGCACCAUGUGGAUGCCCAUCAAACCGUCCCUUAUUUGCCCGCAGAUGACCGAGGGAGAGCCGCCGCAGCCGCUGCGAUGGUUGCAGAAACCGCUUCCUUCACCCACGGCCACGACAGAGGUUACGGCCUUGGCAAUUACGCACCUGAACCUGUUCCGUCUACACCUUACCCUCCUCCAGUUAUGUGGGGAUCAUCCCCAUCUCUUUUUGCUUCAGGUUCCUUGGGCUCCAUGAGCGUAUCAGUUCCUUGCGGUGCCGGAACCAAUCCUCUGGAAUGGACGGGACAAGUGACCGUUCGCAAAAAGCGCAAACCGUACUCGAAGUACCAAACCUUAGAAUUGGAAAAGGAGUUCCUAUUCAACGCCUACGUUUCGAAACAAAAACGUUGGGAGUUGGCGCGAAAUUUGAACCUGACCGAAAGGCAGGUGAAAAUUUGGUUCCAAAAUCGUCGAAUGAAAAAUAAAAAAAACUCCCAACGGCAGCAAACCCAACAACAGAACAACAACAAUUCGGCUACCAACAACCAGAAUCACCAUGGUUCCCAUCACCACCCGCCACAUCAGGUGCACACGCCGCAUCACAUUGUUAAUCACCACGGCGUUUCGGCUAAUGGGACGUUAAAACAUCAUCAGUGACAAAUGCCGUUUUCUGGGGUUGUACUGGGCCACCACCACCACGGGAUAGCCAAUUAAAUACUCUUUAGUUUCAUUUAUGUAAGUGCUUGAAUGACUUAGUUCAGUUGGGGCGUAUUGACGAAUACUUACCCUAAAAAACAUUCUUUGCAGUGCCAAAGAGUAAAUUUAUAUUUGUUAUAUUUGUGAAUUUACUGAAAACUUUUUUAAUUUUCCGGAUAUUUGGGCUUGUGCAAAUAAAUCUAGUGCAAAGCACGGGAAAGAUUAGCUACCUCGGGUAAGGUAGUUAUUUACUUCAUUGUAUUAUUAAUUGAGGAUGGUUAUUAAAAAAAAAAAAACGUUUAAGACUUAUUUUGUAUAUACAUCGACUGUAAUUUUGUCAUUAGAUUGUAAUUCGUUGGUAUAUUAUGAUUACUGUAAUCAAUGUUGCCUGUAGUUCAAUGUAUAGUAAAUUAUUGCAGGUAUAGAAUUUUAAAAUGUAAGCAGCCAUAAUUUUCCUGUGUUAAUUUUAAUUUUCUACAUUAGUCCUGGCGGUAUUAGUCAAUUUCGCAAUAUUUGCUCUAAUACUGACAUUAACGAAUUUAGUAUUUGAAUUCCUGGCUGUUUUAUUAAAUAUAUAAAAAUAGAAAAAUAUUUUCUAAUAAAUUAUACCUGACUACAUUUUAUUUUAAUAAAAUAAAUUUACAGUUCUAUUAAAUAUUUUAUAAUUUUAAUUUAUAAGGUAUACAUGUACAGGGUGUUUCUAAAUUCAUGCGACAAAAUUCAGGAGGUGAGUGCUCGUAUGAAAUUAAGACGGAUGUUUCCUAUAACAAAAUUUCCUCAGCCCACCCCUUUCCGAGAUAUCACCCUUAAAAGGUGGUGACUAAAAUUGAGAUUUUAUUUUUUUUUCUAAAAUUUCAGAAAAGCUAGAAACUUGAAAUUUUGUAAUUUUCACUUGCACUUGCAAAGGACUUACCACGGGUAUUUUUUCAAUAUUCCUGUUAGAUUAUAGGAGGGUGAAAACAGCAACCCUUACUUUAUUUCAUAUCAAAACUUAUUUUCGAGAUGAAGUUUUAUGAAAUAAAAUUAUAACUUGAAAUCCUUGUUUUAUUUAAAAAAAAUGUUUAUUCUUAAAUUUUUUUCCCAAAACCAAUAGCUACAGAGAAAAAAAAUAAACACCAUAAUUUAUAAUUUUUUAAAUAAAUUGAGUGGAAAACAGUAAAGAUGUUAAAUUUUAGAAAAAAAUAAAAACUCAAUUUUAGUCACCUUUUAAGGGUGACAUCUCGAAAAGGGGUGGGUUGAGGAAAUUUUGUUGUAGGAAAGAUCCAUCUUAAUUUCAUACGAGCAAUCACCUCUUGAAUUUUGUCGCAUGAAUUUAGAAACAUCCUGUAAAUUUAAAGCAAUAACGUUUAUUAAAAUGUAAGGCCAAAAUAUUAUCUGUCUGACAGCUGGUUUCAAGAACGUUCUUUUAAAUUUAACAUUCUGAUAAACUUUAAUAAAUGUUGAAUAUGUUAGUAAUUUGAAGUUUAUGUCAUUUUUACAUCACUUUCUCAAGCCCUGUCAAAGUUUAUCAGGUUCAUAAAUGCACGUCAUUACAAUCGGCUGAUAGUGUUACUAUUUUUUAGCAGAAUUAAAAUUAUAAAAAAAAUGCCAAAUGUACCUAUUUCUAAAAACCAUUAUUAUUUAAUGCCCUGAAGAUGCUAACAAAUUUAACGAAACAUUGAUUAUUUUAAAAAUAAAAUCUUAAUAUUUUAAUAAUAUAAAAAACGGAUGG